GUUCUUUGAGAACUCCGAUGUUGUGAUUGGCAUGUUUGUUUAUUUGUACUUGUAAAGAAUAGAGUUAGGGAUCUUGGAAGUUGUGUGCGCAGACGAGGGCCCCCAUCUCUAAGCAUUUUCAAGAUGCAGGUGGUUCACCAAGUGUUUUCUAACAAACUGAGAACUUUUGCUUACCAAUCAACAGCAAGGAGCCUAUGUCUGUCCUGUGGGGCAAUGAACAAAUACGCGGCACGGGAAGGACGAUUCUUGGCAAAGGUCAUGAAAUCAGGUCCUAAGAAGAAGAAAUAUUGGAGUUCUUUUGAAGACAACUCUGUCCCUUCUGCUACACAGAUGGCAAGUGCAACUGGAGGGAAAAGUGCAAAACGUGUGGCUGUUUUAAAUAAAUUAUUUAUGAAAAAUAUAACAGGCUUGAUGGCAACAGGAGAAGUAGCUGCAGAAAUUCUUGGGAAAGGAAUUGAAAUCUCAAAGGUGAAGGUGGCAUCUGACUUUAAUCUGGUAAAUGUAUACUGGUGUGCAAAGGGAGAUGGAGGUGAUGAAGACAUUGAAAAAACACUGCAGUCAGUGGCGGGACAGCUUCGACAUGAACUUUCUCAGCUUAGAGUGAUGGGUGUUGUGCCCAGGAUACAGUUUGUUAAAGAUAAACAUUACUCAAAAACAGCUGAAGUUGAACGCCUGUUGCAAACUGCAGAUUUUGGUGAAGAUUAUGUUCCUUCUGCCGAUGGUUCUUCGAUCCGAUCAGAAUUUACAGAAGAGUACACACUAAAUCAAAAGAAAGAGGAGAAAAAGGAUUGUAAAGAUGAUUUGUUAAAUGAAGUGGAAUAUGAUGAUGAUGACCUGGACUUACCAGUCAUGAGAAUGGAUGUGUUGGGUGUUGAUCAUAGUGCAAUAAUGAAAAAGAUAGUGAGGUCAAUGAAAAAAGCAAAAGCAUCUCAUAGAUUUGAGUGUCCUGAAAAGCCAUUGGGCACUCUUUCAGAAAGUGAUACAGAUCAGAAUAUUGCAUAUCUAACUCCAAAGCAACAAAGAUUGGAAUUGAGUAAAUUUCUAACACAACGGAAGAAUCUUAAAAACAAGACUCGCACAAGGUCCAAUGUGGAUUUGGACAUGUUGGAUGAGGAUAACGUCACUCACAACAGUUCCUUCAGUCAGUUUUUGGAUGAUGAUAAAGAGGAACAAGAUUUUAUUGAGUAUGAUGAUUCUUAUUUAAGAAGACACUGAAUUGUAAGUGCUCAAAGGAUGUUGCUCCAUGUACAAGGAAUAAUAAUCAAAUAAAAUUAAUGUCUUAAAAGUUA